AUGGGUUCAGCUAUCCUGAGCGGCCUCCUUGACGCGACCCGUCCGACGACAGAUACCAAUGGUAGUGCAUCAGCAAAGAUCUCACGUUUUAUUGUGAGCACGAAGAGCGCUGCAUCUGCCCACAGACUCUGCGAUGAAUUCAGAGAGGAUGAAUGUCGUGUUGACAUUAGACAUUCGCAAAAUCAUCUCGCCAUGCAAGGGGCGGAUAUUGUCCUGCUUGCCUGCAAACCUUAUCUGGCUGAGGAAGUUCUGAGUGAGCCUAGUGUGCGGGAGGCCCUAGCAGGGAAAUUGGUGAUCAGCAUCAUGGCGGGAAAAACACCUGAAGCUAUUGAGAAGUAUAUAUAUGGCGAUUCGCCCGCAGACGCAGUCGAAUCGAAGGCGAUCAUUGUGAGAGCAAUGCCCAAUGUUGCAGCUCGUCUGCGUCAGUCGAUGACGAUCAUCGAGAUCAACAAUAGUCUUUCGCUUGACCUGACCGACACCUUGACCUGGAUUUUCGAACAGAUUGGAAAGGUGAAAUUCCUGGCGCCAGAUUUGUUUGAUAUCGGCACAAUGCUUGUGGGUUCCUCCAUUGCUGUUCUGACUGUUCCGUUGGAUGGCAUUCUGGAUGGCUGCGUUGCGGAGGGAAUCCGAAGAGCGGACGCGUUGGAAAUGGCAGCACAGAACUUGAUCGGAAUGGCUGGUUUGUUGCGAGAAGGGGUGCAUCCAGCUAUCCUAAGAGAAAGUAUCUCUUCCCCACGGGGUUGUACAAUACAGGGUCUGUUGACCGUGGAGAAGGAGGGCGUGAGAGGAGCGUGUGCACAAGCAAUGAUCAACGGAGCUAGACAUCUAAAGGAAAUUCCUUGA